AUGAGCUUCAACAUAACUUCCGACGGUUCUCCUACACCCCGCAAGAGCCCCAAUCGAUUCGCCAUGGCCGGAGACCUUAGGAUUGACACUUCGCCAGAGGUACUGGGCCAGGCGGUAGGCAGCAUGAGCCUGAACCAAUACCCAUUUGCCUUCCAGCGUGCUUUUGGCUCACCGUUGACAUGCAAUACACAGGGCAUGAAGCGACCACUCGGUCCUUAUACCCUGGGCAACCAAAUACCGCUGCAACAGCACAGCUCGUUCGACGGCUAUAAGAAGCCCAAGAUGGAAGCUCACGAAGAGUCGGCUGUCAUGGACUCGCUCCUACAGCGGCUGAACGGUCGCUCUCCUCCGCAAGACCCAUACAGCUCGUCCAGUGGAUCCAUUCCCAUUACGCCGGCGACGGACGAGUUCACAUCUACCCCACCUACCGAGAUGGACAGCUCCAUUGUCCUCGUCGAGGCCAGCGAAUUGCAGAAGCUGAAGCUGGAAUUACAGGAGGCUCGCAACGAAGUCAACCGCGUCAACCAGGAGAUGCACAGUCACCAUGUAGCCCGGUCAACCAUGGAGCACCUGAGCCAAUCGUCUGAGGCUGAUUACAGCUACCCGGGCGAUGUCACUGAGCAGACUCUCACGAGUUUGCAGAACAAGUUUAAUGCCUCUACCAGGAGCAACUACGGCUGGGGCAAUGAAGCUGCUCGUCCGGCCUACACCGGCAGUAAUAGCUUCGGACCCCCAUAUCAGGCCCAGACGCAACCUCAGGUCCAGCCCCGACCACAACCCCCACAGUCAGGCUAUCGCCGCAACGGUUUCUUGAAUGAACCUACACACUUCCCUCUCGACCAGAGCUUCCGCAGCAAUGGUAUGUCCACCAGCUUCAAUGCUGGCAUGGGUAACGGCAUGCCGAAUCCCAUCGGCAUCGGCAAUAGCUUCAACAACAGUAUGGGUGUUGGCAUGGGCAACGGAUUGAGUAACCCACCUAGCCGACCUAGUUCAGCCUUCGAUUCAGGCUACAACCAGUACGCUAUGCCACCCAUGUAUCCCAUAGGCCAUCCAGCUCCGAUUCGCACCAUGGCCAGCAGACUAUCGCCUGACGCAAAUGAGUUCAACGUCCAGAACAGCAUGGGGCCAUCACCAUGGAACUCCCAGACCCAAAGUGAGGCAGGUACUUCACAGUACGUCCCCUCAGUUGAACCGAUGAAUUAUCGUCGCCUAUUGGACCGCAAUAUGAGCUGCAACUGGAAAUACAUUGUCGAUAAGAUCAUCUGCAACAACGACCAGCAAGCAUCUAUCUUCCUUCAACAAAAGCUCAAAGUAGGCACACCGGAGCAAAAAUAUGAGAUCGUGGAGGCCAUCAUCUCUCAAGCCUACGCUCUAAUGGUUAACCGUUUCGGCAACUUCCUGGUACAGCGCUGCUUUGAGCAUGGUACGCACGAGCAAGUUAUUGCUAUUGCCCAAGCCAUCCGCGGAAAUACUCUUGCUUUGAGCAUGGACGCGUUCGGCUGCCAUGUCAUCCAGAAGGCCUUCGACUGUGUUCCGGAAGAGUACAAGGCAACCAUGGUCCAUGAGCUACUUCGCCGCAUUCCAGAGACUGUCAUUCACCGAUACGCAUGCCAUGUCUGGCAGAAGCUCUUUGAACUCCGUUGGAGCGACUCCCCACCCCAGAUCAUGCGUUAUGUCAACGAGGCUCUGCGCGGCAUGUGGCAUGAAGUCGCAUUGGGUGAGACAGGUAGUCUGGUCGUACAGAACAUCUUCGAGAACUGUCUUGAGGAAGACAAGCGUCCCUGCAUCAACGAAGUGCUCGCAAGUAUCGAUGUCAUCGCUCAUGGUCAAUUUGGCAACUGGUGCAUCCAGCAUAUCUGUGAGCAUGGCGCGCCUGCUGACCGUAGUCGUGCCAUCGAUCAUAUUCUCCGUUUCAGUACAGAGUAUAGCAUGGAUCAGUACGCUUCCAAAGUUAUUGAGAAAUGCCUCAAGAUUGGUGGUAAUGAAUUCCUGGAUCGGUAUCUGGACCGCAUAUGCGAGGCUCGCCCUGAUCGUCCGCGUAUGCCCCUUAUCGACAUCGCUGGUGAUCAGUUCGGCAACUAUCUCAUACAGUAUGUCUUGACAAACAGUGGCACACAACAUCGCGAACUCGUUGGUGGUCACAUUCGCAAGCACAUGGUCUCUCUUCGCGGCUCUAAGUACGGAUCUCGCGUAGCCAUGCUCUGCUGUAACCCUGCUCUUGCGACGCGCCCAGGACCUCCAGCAGGUAUGCUUCCCCGCUAUGGCAACCCCGCACCGCGCCCCAGUUUUGGCGCUUUCCGUUGA